AUGCCUCUUAUGAUUGAUCAAACACAGCGAAACGUCCCAGACCCUUCCACCAACUGUAAUAUGUCAAGUCAGGAUAGCGACUACGCAGAUUUCUCAUCAGAAGACGAGCAAGAUCAAAACCAAUUGCUAAUCUCAACCAAGAAAACAUCCAUUUUAGAAAAGACUAUCGAUGAAAGAAGCGAUGGCGAAGAAUCGGCCAGCGACGAGGGAGACCGUGACGCACAGCUCGAUAAUCAAGAGAAUUCAAUUAGCGACGGGGAAGCACAGACUCCAAAGCAAAAGAAAGCUUCAACUGCGAACUUGAUCAAGAAACUCAAGGCCGAUAAAAAGCUCAAACACAAGACAGGUGUGGUGUAUCUUUCCAGCAUCCCGCCCUAUAUGAAACCAGCCAAAAUGAGACAGAUUCUGUCCAGAUUCGGCGAGGUUGACCGACUGUUCCUCAAGAGAGAGGACGAGCAGAAAUACAAAAGGCGAGUCAGAGGCGGCGGUAACAAGAAAGCCAUGUACGAAGAGGGCUGGGCAGAGUUCAUACGUAAGCGGGACGCCAAGCUUUGUGCAGAGACCCUCAAUGGGAACAUCAUCGGCGGCCGAAAAGGCUCUUUCUAUCACGACGACAUCCUGAACGUCAAGUAUCUGCCGGGUUUUAAGUGGACAGACCUGACCGAGCAGAUAGCGAGGGAAAACGACAUCAGACAAUCCAAACUGGAGAUAGAAAUAUCGCAAGCGAACAAGAUGAACGCCGAAUUCGCGAAGAACGUGGAGAAGAGCAAGAUGAUCGAGAAUAUCAAAAGAUCUAAGAGGCAAAGCAGCAACCAGGAACCGCAAGAAGACGGGAAGCCGCAGAGAUCUUUCAAACAGCACAAAGUGGCCACUUCAAGAGCCAACGCGCCCUCCGAGAUCAAGCAGAAAGACUCUUCCAAAGAGCUGAGCUCAGUAUUGAGCAGUCUCUUCUAG